AUGACUUCAAGCCCAACGUCGCCAUCCACCUAUGUCCCUCCCGCCUCGCCCGCCAUCCCCGUCCUGCCAACCCCUCUGGCCCAAUCUUACGUCUUCAUCCAUCCAUGUCUUCUCCUCGGCAUCCUGGCGCUGCGGUUCCAGUCCUUGACGACGGACCCGGUCGCCGAGCUGCUGAAUGACCUCCCGCUGCUGGCCCUGCUACAGGUGAUCUUCGUCAUGGUCUGUCUCCCUCCCGCGGGGUCCGUUCUGUCGUAUAAGUCGGAGAGCGCGGAAGACGACAAGAAGGAUAAAGUCCCGGCUUCUCCGUCCGGGGGAGCUGCUGGUAGCGUGGUCUUGAAGCCGGGGAAGGUGGGAUAUCGGAGACGAGGCCCGAAGAAUGAUUCUUCGUCUGGGAGCUUUGUUGCGAAGUUGAUUCCUGCCCUCCUCUCCCUCACCCUCACCUUCCUACUCGCAACGCCCGUCUUCGCCGCCCUGCUCGUCCUCUUCGGCGCUCCGAUCACAACCCACCAUUGGCAGACCCUGCUCUGCGCCGCGCACAUGGCCCUUUUGACCUCCACCGGCCUGAUCUACGUCCAUGGCGUCGACGGCGCCGUGUGGAAGGAGGUCUGGGGCGCCGCGAGACCCCUGGAUGCUGUGUGGGGUGGUGCUUUGGGAACGGGCCUGGGAGCUUGGUUGGGUGCUGUGCCGAUUCCGUUGGAUUGGGACCGCCCGUGGCAGGCAUAUCCGAUUACGAUCCUGGUGGGUGCGUAUAUCGGGUAUGCUCUUGGCGUGGGACUCGGACGGACGGUGCUGUUCGGGAAGAGAAUUGAUUUCGAAGAGGAGGGGGAUGCGAAGAAGGUCGAUUGA